CGGACAUUCAUUUUAAGAAAUAGGUAGUCUUCCUUUGCGUAACCAACCUCCCAACAUGAUAAUGUGAUCACUCAAGCCUUGACCUAUUAAAUACUCGGUGCUGCCCCUACAUUGCCGUAUUCACAGCCAGUACUCUGCCCCCACGAUAUACGCAAGUCCUAAUCGGAUAUAUCUCUUUGCCUCCAAUAUCCACGUUUACUGCAAUAUGGAGUCAUUACAACGUAUUUCUACAUUCUUGGAGGAUGCCAGCCAGCAAGCAAAUGCUGAGCAACAAGAUAUACACAAUACUUUCAAUGGGCUAGUCGAGGCAAUCCAGGCGUUAGGCGGAAGUCAGCCCGAAGCUCAAGCGCAGGCCGUAAGAGCGAUACAACACUGUCGCUCCUUGGAAGCGAUCAUCUCCGGGCUUCUACGUGAAAAGCAGGAUCUUGAGGAAACGAACAAACAGAUGCAACUAGCGCUGUCUCGAGAGCAGGCAGACUAUGAGCAACUGUUACAGCGAUUUGCGGAGCAAGAGGUCACACUAUCAUGUUUCCAAGGCGCAUUUCCGGCCUUGCAAGAAGGACUGCGUGAUCUUCGCGGCGCUUGGGAAAGUAUUGGAACGCCGGGCGUUUACCAUACUUUAUGACUGGCUUGAAUGCGGGGUUGAAUCGUUUGAUGCCAAACCUCGCCUUCCGGCCAAAGACGAUGAUCGCUUUAUGUGAGACGGAUAUAUCAGUACUCGAUGCGCUGGCGUCCGUCGGAGUAUCUUUAUUAAUACAGUUUGGAAUAUUGACAAGAUUGGGUAGACAGCUUGGUUCCCAUGAAUAGUAAUGAAUAUGCAACUACCUGC